GGAGGGGUGGUGGAGCGGGGGGUGCCCGGCGUGGCGAAACCGCACGGGGCGCCGAUGCCUCCUGCCAGGGGAGCACACAAGUGACCGGCAUCUCUUCCCAUGUCUGUCUCCUGAAGCGACCCCCCCCACCCCCCGCCCGGCAUGGAUGUGGCAAACAAUACUACCUCCCCAGCGCGCUCCCCCGAGGGGACAAGCGGCCCCGGCCUCGCCGAGAUGACCCUGGGCUACCAGGUGCUCACCUCCCUGCUCCUGGGCACGCUUAUCCUGUGCGCCGUGAGUGGCAACGCCUGCGUGAUCGCAGCCAUCGCCCUGGAGCGCUCCCUGCAAACCGUGGCCAACUAUUUGAUCGGCUCGCUGGCCGUCACCGACCUCAUGGUGUCCGUGCUGGUGCUGCCCAUGGCGGCCCUCUACCAGGUGCUGAACAAGUGGACGCUGGGGCAGGUCACCUGCGACAUCUUCAUCUCGCUGGACGUGCUUUGCUGCACCUCUUCUAUCCUGCACCUGUGCGCCAUCGCUUUGGACAGGUACUGGGCCAUCACGGACCCCAUUGACUAUGUUAACAAGCGAACUCCCCGGCGGGCGGCCGUGCUCAUCAGCCUGACCUGGCUUAUCGGCUUCUUGAUAUCCAUCCCGCCCAUGCUGGGCUGGAGGACGCCGGAGGACCGCUCGAACCCCGACGCCUGCACCAUCAGCAAGGACCACGGAUACACCAUCUACUCCACCUUCGGCGCCUUCUACAUUCCGCUUCUUCUCAUGCUGGUGCUCUACGGUCGCAUCUUCAAGGCGGCACGCUUUAGGAUCCGCAAGACAGUAAAGAAAGCAGAGAAGAAAAAAAUCGCCGACACCUGCCUCACUCUCUCUCCGGCCACCGUGAAGAAAGGCAACGGGGAGCCCGGCAAGGGCUGGCGGCGGACUGUAGAGCCCAAGCCCGGCGCUUGUGUCAACGGCGCGGUGCGGCAGGGCCAGGACGGGACCGCCCUGGAGAUCAUCGAGGUCCAGCACUGCAACAGUUCCUCCAAGACGCACCUGCCGCUGCCCAGCGAGGCGUGCGGCUCCCCACCGCCGCCCUCUUUCGAGAGGCGCAACGAGAAGAACACGGAAGCCAAACGGAGAAUGGCUCUGUCCCGGGAGAGGAAGACUGUCAAGACCCUGGGCAUCAUUAUGGGCACCUUUAUCCUCUGCUGGCUGCCGUUCUUCAUCGUGGCCCUGGUCCUGCCCUUUUGUGACAGUAAGUGCUACAUGCCCGAGUGGCUGGGGGCAGUCAUCAACUGGCUGGGCUACUCCAACUCCCUUCUCAACCCCAUUAUCUAUGCCUAUUUCAACAAAGACUUCCAAAGUGCUUUUAAGAAAAUUAUCAAGUGCAAAUUUUGCCGGCAGUGAAGCCCGCCACGCCGGGACGGGGCAAAGGGGUCCUGUUACUUCCUCCAGCCGCCUGCCCCGAGCCGCAGUGUGCCCCCGCCCAGCCCCUGCACAGCCCUCCCGAAGGGCGGGGGGCUCCGGCA